AUGCCGCUAGCACAGAGCCCUAUUUUCCUCCUGCCUGCAGUGAUUGACAAUCGCACAAGCCAGCCUGAGGUACGCCGGAAAGUCCGAAUCUUGUUUCCAUAUGGUCUCGCGGGUAUCCAUCGCAUGAGCCAGUUUAGCGACGUCGAACGCCUGUCACAGGACCGCUUCGAGAUCAUCGUCAGCGUACCAGGACAGCUGGAAGGUUGCGAUGUUCGUGACUGGUGCUUCUCCAAGCGGAGCGCGGCCGAUGACGAGAACAUCGUGUGCGAAUGCGUACCUGUGAAUGUCGGACUGGGUGAGAAAAAGCAAAUAGUACAGCGGGGAAUCACAUACACAUUAGCGAUCAAAAGGAAUGGUCCUGCGGCGGGCUGGCGUGCUAUUUGCGAGGUGACGAGAGGAGUUGCGCCCAACACGUCUGCAAUUGUCACCGAAAAGACCCUUGUCAGUCUUUCCCAAGGCAUCGUCAACCACCUCCGGGAGAUAAGCUGCGCCGCACGAAUGGUGCGAUGUUCAGGCGUGAGCGACUCAAAGUGGGCGAGGUGUCCGCAGGAUCCGCCAUCUGAGAUGCGCUCAGGACCUACCAUGAGCUCUGAAACGCUGAAAACGUCGGCCUGGGUGAGAAAAGAUAUCACUCAACCCCCCGCCCGACCAGCCGGGUAG